AUGUCGCUCGCACACACAGCUGCAGAGUACAUGCUCUCUGAUGCCCUGCUGCCCGACCGCAAGGGCCCCCGCCUCAAAGCACUGCGCCUGGAGCUUCCCCUGGACCGCAUGGUCAAGUUCGUAGCCGUGGGCUCCCCCUUGUUGCUGAUGUCGCUGGCAUUUGCCCAGGAGUUCUCCUCAGGGUCUCCCAUCAGCUGCUUCUGUCCCAGUAACUUCAGCAUCCGGCAGGCUGCCUACGUGGACAGUUCCUGUUGGGACUCACUGGUUCACCACGAACAGGAUGAGUCUGGCCAUUACAAGAUGAAAUCCCUCUGGCCUCACAAGGUCCUCCCCUACUCCCUGCUGGCCCUGGCCGUGGCCAUGUACCUGCCGGUUCUGCUGUGGCAGUAUGCAGCUGUGCCGGCCCUCAGCUCAGAUCUGCUGUUCAUCAUUAGCGAGCUGGACAAAUCCUACAAUCGCGCCAUCCGCCUAGUGCAGCACAUGCUGAAGAUUCGGCAGGAGAGCUCGGACCCCCACGUGUUCUGGGACGAGCUGGAGAAGGCUCGGAAAGAACGAUACUUUGAAUUCCCCUUGCUAGAGCGAUACCUGGCCUGCAAGCAGCGCUCACACUCACUAGUGGCCACCUACCUCCUGAGGAACUCCCUUUUGCUCCUCUUCACCUCAGCCACCUACCUGUACCUUGGCCACUUCCACCUGGAUAUCUUCUUUCAAGAGGAAUUCAGCUGUUCCAUCAAGACAGGGUUGCUACAUGAUGAGACCCAUAUCCCUGACCUGAUCACAUGCAGGCUGACCUCUUUGUCUGUCUUCCAGAUCGUUAGUCUCUCCAGUGUAGCAAUAUACACUCUAUUGGUUCCAGUGAUAAUAUACAACCUCACCCGGCUGUGUCGGUGGGACAAACGGCUCCUAUCCAUCUAUGAGAUGCUCCCGGCUUUUGAUCUCCUCAGUAGAAAGAUGCUGGGAUGUCCCAUCAAUGACCUCAAUGUGAUCCUUCUUUUUCUCCGCGCCAACAUCUCUGAGCUCAUCUCUUUUAGCUGGUUGAGUGUCCUGUGUGCAUUGAAGGACAUGACCACUCAGAAGCAUAACAUUGACACAGUGAUUGAUUUCAUGACUUUAUUGGCUGGCUUAGAACCCUCAAAACCGAAACAUCUCGCCCAAGGGAUGUGUGAUGAAAACCCAUAG